AAGUGUAUAAAUAGCAGUCCAGCUCCAGGCUGCUCACAACAGAUGAAAAACACUGUUUCGUUUCUGGUGAAACCUUCAUCACGUGUAUGCUGCUCACAACAGAGUAAAAACAGCAAAGAAAAAACAUGGAUCCUUUGACAGGUGCAGCAAUAGUAGGAGGUGCAGUAGGGGCUGUGGCGGCAGCCCCUGUUGUUCUCGGGGCCGCAGGUUUCACCGCAGCUGGAGUGGCAGCAGGCUCAGUGGCUGCUAAAGUUAUGUCUGCUGCUGCAGUGGCUAACGGGGGUGCAGUGGCAGCAGGAGGUGCAGUCGCUGCUCUUCAAUCCGCAGGUGCGGCUGGUUUGUCAAUGGCCGCCACUGCAGCUGUGGCCGGUGUUGGAGCAGCUGGGGGGUUUGUGGCACGCCUCUUUUUCUGAAUAAUCAACAAUUGGUCACCUUGUUAAUCUGAUGAAGCAAGUGAUGAUGCAGCAUGUUUAUGUUCUGAAAUGUUUGGAAAGUUUUCAGGUUUGCAGUCACCUGACAUGAUGUUUCAUUGUUUGAAUCUUUCAUCUCCGAAAAUAAAAGCAACCGAGUUAAAACACA